AACAAACACAUGAUUUCUAGUUUCUUUCUCUCUUCACUGUGUGUUGUGCGUCUUUUUUUUUCUUUGUUCAUUGUGAGUUAUGAAUGGUGGAACGAUAGGGGGGGCCGGGCAAGUAUAGAUGUUGUACCAAGAGCAGCACCAUAGACAAGUGACGAGGAUGGAUCAAAAGAAGAGGGUGGAAAGGACAAGAUCAGCCAAAGAAGAAGAAGAAGAAGUAAUUCUUGAGAUGGUGGAUAUGAGUGGCAUGGCUUUGAAAUCUAUACCGGAUCCUUCUAUCAAUACAAGGUUCAUCUGCAAAUUAGAUCUCUCCAACAAUGAUCUACAGACUAUACCAGAGUCUUUAACAGCCAGACUACUAAACGUGAUGGUGUUAGAUGUGCACUCGAAUCAACUCAAGUCUCUACCAAACUCCAUUGGGUGCUUAUCAAAGCUCAAGACAUUGAACGCUUCUGGCAACAUGCUUCAAUCUCUUCCCAGAACCAUUGAAAAUUGCAGAUCGCUGGUGGAGCUAAAUGCAAAUUUCAAUAAACUGACUCAACUACCAGACACUAUCGGAUUUGAACUGAUUAACCUCAAGAAACUCUUAGUCAACUCCAACAAGCUGGUCUUCCUCCCCAUGUCCACUUCCCACUUGACCAGCCUUCAAAUUCUUGAUGCUAGAUUAAACUGCCUUAGAUCUCUUCCUGAAGAUCUUGAAAAUCUAAUCAACCUCGAAGUCCUCAACGUUAGCCAAAAUUUCCAUUUCCUUGCAACCUUACCAUAUUCCAUCGGUCUUCUCUUGUCCCUUGUUGAAUUAGAUGUGAGUUACAAUAAUAUCACCACUUUGCCAGAGUCUAUAGGGUGUCUAAAGAAGCUUCAGAAGCUGAGAGCUGAAGGAAAUCCGCUCGUUUCGCCCCCGAUGGAUGUCAUGGAGCAAGGGUUACACGUAGUGAAAGGAUAUCUGUGUGAAAAGAUUAAUGGCAUGCAUAAUAACUCACCAAAGAAGACCUCAUGGUUUGGGAAGUUGGCAAGGUGUAGUACGUUCAAUGGUGCAAAUAUGCCUAGAGAAGAUGGUGAUAACUAUAUUAUGCAUAAUGAAAGAUCUAUUGAUAGCCUUUCUUCUCCUAAAUAUUUGGGCAUGUUUUCUCCAAGAAGGCUCUUAUCACCUAGGUCCUACUUUUCAAGAUAAUGGAAUUACAAAUCUUAGAGUUUCACUUUGGAAAGUCUGUGUAUUGAUUGUUGUAUGGAUAAAUCUUAGAGUUUCAGUUUGGUAAAUAUGUAUAAUAGUGUAUGGUGCUCUAACUAGGUGGGAUUCAAUGUAGUGAAGGAAUGCUUACAUUCUGGUGUCUUCUUGAAUUCUUAUUUUUAAUUCUCUCUUUAAAUUUUACGAAAGAGUGUAUAAAAUGGCAUGCCAAUACAAUAGUUGUUCUAA